AUGUCCAACCCCGACGCACAAUCGGCGCAGGCCGCGCACCAGGCGCUGGUCGAGCAGCUCGACUUGCACUCCAUUCACAAGACCUUCCGCAACCCCAACUGGCGCCCGAACCAGCGCCGCAACAAGACCAUCAAGGCCAUCCUGGGCGAGUCGCAGCGCAAAGAAGCCUCGUCCACCUCGGCCGUGGCGACCCCUCGCGCCGACGACAACGGCGGCGGCAGCGGCGCCGACACACCCGCCAACAACGACAACAACGAUGGCCUGUCCACUAGCGGCACCUCCACACCUGCUAAUGGCAAUGGUAGUGGCGCAGGCACCCCCGCGAGUAAUGGCCAGCCGAACCUGGCGCAGGCGUCGCGCAGCUUGCAGAAGCUGGUGUUGGAGAAGAGCCUCGCGAGUGCCCAGGCACCGGAUAAGAAAGCGGCUAAUGGCUUUGCAUCGUCCGCUCCGACUGCGACGUACACCAACAUUGAGAGCGCGCCGAGCCUGGCGCCCAUGAAGCACUACUGUGAUGUCACGGGAUUGCCGGCGCCGUAUUUGGAUCCGAAGACACGGCUGCGGUAUCAUAAUAAGGAGAUCUUUGCCAUGAUCAGGAACCUGCCGCAGGGCAUGGGGGAGCAGUUCUUGGAGGCCAGAGGCGCGCAUACUGUGUUGAAAUAA